AUGUAUCUAUCUCAACAUCUCUCCUCUCUCUCAACAACUCUCUCUCUCUCUCAACAACUCUCUCUCUCUCUCUCAACAUCUCUCUCUCUCUCUAAACAUCUCUCUCUCCGCAGGCCCCGCUUCCACGCGUCAAGCGGCGAGCUUGCCCUCGGGGUGUUUCUGUUGGGUCUGUUGUUCUUGUUCUACUUGAUCCCGGGACCGGCGCCGUCGGCGCCCUCGAGUAACCCGGAAGCAGAGCGGUGGUCGGUGCGCGGUCGAGCCGUAUCGGAGGAACUUCACAUGGUCUGGGCACCGCCCCGGGCGACUCACAGCAAGGACGCCUGUCCACGUUUGCCACCGGCCGCCUGCACCGAACUGGCCAAGAACUUCAGCUUGGUGGUCCCCUCUUUUAUCGCGUCUGCCGACGCCACCGCCACCUGGCUGCGACACACGCUAGAGCGCCUAGGUCACAGCCUGGUCACCCAGGAGCGGUAUUGCCCGGCCGAAGUCAUUUUUGUGGUGGCCGGCGUUGACACGAACGAACAAGCCAAUACUGUGCGCGAUUGCCUCACACGCACCUUGACUGCCAGUCGCCUCCCCUCGGCCCUCACGGUCCUCACGCGCCCCGGAGUUCACUAUGCCGGCGCCAAUCGCAACCUGGGCGUCAACCACGCCACUCGCCGCUUUGUCAUGCUUUCCGAUGACGAUGAUUCAUGGCACCCCCGCCGAACGCUCUACCUGGUAAACGCGGUCACCUCCGACACCAUCCUGCUCACGCACAACUUCUACAUCACCCGCCGCAACCUGCAGUGGACCCCCCUUACCUGGGACAUCAAUGCACCACCCGCCUACAUCACUCGGGCCAACACCGAGGUGGCCUUGCGUCCUGCCUGUGCCGAGCCGCGCUGCGCCUUUGUGCACCACGGGUAUCCCACGGUGCGCCGGGAUGCUUGGCAUUGGACGCCGGCCCGGGAAGACUUGGCACGGGGUCAGGAUGUCGACUUUCUUCUUCGCCUCUACCAUUACUGUGAAACGCAUCUACCCUCGGGGACCGAGUUUUACCGCCACAUCAACGCCUCCCUCCUCGUCUACUACUACGACUGGAAGCAUCCAGCCUUUUAUGUCGAAGAGCCUCUGGCUUAA